AUGAGCAUUGUGGUGGCGAAGUUGCCGCCGGAGGUCAUCCGGCCGUCGUCGGAGCCGGUGACUACGUCUGCCGGCGGCAAGAUUAUUCUCCCUCCGUUGGACAGGCCUCUGGCCAACGCACCGGUGGUAGUGCUGCAGGUGUUCGAGCAUCCGAUCCAUGAGCCAGCGGCGACCAUAAGGAGGGCCCUCUCUCAAGCACUCGUACACUACUACCCUAUCGCCGGUCGUCUCGCCAUGGACGAUGACAAUUUCCAUAUUGAUUGUACCGGAGAAGGCGUGACCUUCGUCGCCGCGUCCGCGAACCGCACCGUCAUGGAGCUCAUGCGUGACAUCGAUGACCGGGCUCCUGAUGCUGCGACGCCGGUGCUACGGGAGCUCCUCGUCGACGACCCAGACAUGGGCUUCGGUCAUGCUGACCCUUUUGUGCUGAUGCAGGUCACCACCUUCUCCUGCGGCGGUUUCGUCGUCGGAGUGACAUGGAACCAUGGCGUGGCUGACGGUUUCGGGAUCGCGCAGUUCCUACAAGCCGUCGGCGAGCUUGCCCGUGGACUCCCGACGCCGUUGAUCGUACCGGUCAGGUCGGACAAGGUGACACAGGCCAUAUCUCCUUCCUUUGUCCUGUCCGCUAAGCAAUUUAUGUUCGGCGUCGCCGUCCCAUCCAAACUUGCCCUGCACAACAUCACCAUCUCGUCGAAACUGAUCAGCAGCAUCCGGGGUUCAUCGUGUACCGUGUUCGAGGCGGUGGCUGCCGCACUAUGGCGGUGCCGCACACGCGUGGUCAUGUCGGACCCGGAGGCACCCACCGUGCUUGCUAUCACGGUGAACUCUCGCAAGUACAUGGGCGUGAAGGACGGGUACUACGGCAACUGUACCUCCGUGCACAUGGCCAUGGCGAAGAGCGGCGAGGUGGCGAAGGGUGACAUCAUGGACGUGGUGAGGGCAAUAAGACGAGCCAAGGAGCAGAUACCUGAGCAGCUGAAAAAGGGGGACAUGCUGCCGCAGGCCGCCAUUGGCGAUCUUAGCAAGCACCCGGUAGCGAGAUACGAGACCGCGCUGUUCGUGACAUGUUGGCGAAACAUUGGCUUGGAGGACGUGGAUUUUGGCAGCGGGAAGACGACGAGGGUGAUGACUAUGUAUGAACCAAGUCAGGUCCGGCCAAUGUGCGUGGUGUGUCUUCCAUGCAAAGAGGAGGAAGGAGCCAAGGUAUUUUCUGGGUGUGUCACGACAGACCACUCCGAUGCAUUCCUCCAGGAAAUAGGCAGGCUAUGA